AUGGCAAGCAGUAUGGAGCAAAAUAACCGAAUAACCGAAUUUUACAACAACUCUGUCGUGUUGUUAUGUGGUGCUACCGGCUUCAUGGGGAAAGUUCUACUUGAGAAGAUUCUUCGUAAUGUCAAUGUGCGCACUAUUUACGUACUCAUUCGAAGGAAGCACAAUUUGGACGGUCAGCAACGGUUGAAGGAACUUCUGUCGGAAACGCUUUUUGAAAAUAUCGAUCAAGAAAAACUGACCAACUGUGUGAAACCGCUGGAUGUGGAUUUCGACCAGGAUGACCUUUCAAUAAAUGAAAACAUCCGCAGUGUUCUUGUAGACGAAGUGGAGAUAGUAUUCAAUCUCAUAGCUUCAAUAAAAUUCAACGAACCACUCGAAAGCGCCCUCAAAAUCAACGUUGAGUACACACAGCGAGUGCUGCGUAUGGUAACCUCCUUCCGGCGGCUGCGAUCCAUCAUUCAUGUGUCCACAUUCUAUUCAAACUGCGAUCGAAGUUUUAUCGAGGAAAAGGUUUUCGAAGACAUUCCUUUCGGAGGAUAUGAUAACAUUCGCAGAAUAAUGGCUCCGUUGAGUCCUUCGGAGAAGCAAAUUUUAACGCCGCACAUUCUUGGUAAGCUCCCCAAUUCUUACACCUUUAGUAAGAAGUGCACCGAGCUUAUGAUCAGGGAUCACUUUGGCAAUUUGCCAAUUGGGAUUUUUCGACCCCCCAUAGUUGGUCCCGUUUAUCGCGACCCCAUUCCAGGGUGGCUAGAUAACUUCAAUGGACCCAGCGGGGUUCUGUUCGCGAUACACGAAGGGAUGCUACGAGUAAUUCCGCUUGAUAAGAAAAAGAAACCUUUUCUAGCACCUGUCGACUUUUGUGUCAAUGGAAUGCUGUGUUGCGCCGUUGACAUCGCCUCGUUACUGGCGGAAAAAAUACCAGUGUAUAAUUUCACCGAUGAGUUUCAGCUAUACAAUUGGGGAGAAAUCUUUUGCGGAUUCAUGAAUGGAAUGUCACCUCUGAGAAGAUUCUUCAAGUACGCCGAGGUGUCGCUUUGA